GACGAAGGUGAGACGGUUGAGGGGUGCUGCACCUGCUCCCAGGCCGGAGACAGGAAGGACUAACAAACCCAAGUGCCCACACCAUUCCCGGAUGGAAGUGGCAUUGAAAAACACAGGGACAAUAAAAGUGACUUCAGGACAGCAUGUCUAACCUUGGAGGACCAACACAGCCCUUGUGCAGUGUCCUUUCAGGCAGAGGUGUGUAUGGAGACCAGUUGGAUACAGGUGUUCAAGAUGUCAUUGAAGGUGCAGACGAGCAACAUAACGAACAAGAAUGACCCCAAGUCCAUCAACUCCAGAGUCUUCAUCGGCAAUCUCAACACAGCUGUGGUCAAGAAGUCAGAUGUGGAGACCAUUUUCUCCAAGUACGGCCGCGUGGUGGGCUGCUCCGUUCACAAGGGCUAUGCCUUCGUACAGUACUCCAAUGAAAGGCACGCGCGUGCUGCCGUGCUGGGUGAGAACGGACGCGUGCUUGCAGGCCAGACACUGGAUAUCAACAUGGCUGGGGAACCUAAACCUAACAGACCUAAAGGGCUGAAGAGAGCAGCCUCCACAUUAUACAGCGGCUAUGACUUCGACUAUGACUAUUACAGAGACGACUUCUACGACAGGCUCUUUGAGUACCGGGGCCGGGUGUCUCCGGUGCCCAGGGUGGUUCCAGUGAAGCGGCCGCGGGUCACCAUUCCCCUCGUCCGGCGUGUGAAGGCAACUCUCCCUGUCAAGCUCUUUGCUAGAUCGGCUGCCAUUGCCAACAGCUCGGCCAAGCUGAAGUUGAAGUGCAGCGAACUUCAAACCAUCAAAACUGAGCUGACACAGAUCAAAUCCAACAUCGAUGCUCUGCUGGGCCGGCUGGAGCAGAUUGCUGAGGAACAGAAACAGUCCACAGAGGUACGGAAGAAGGUGGAUGGCAGCAAAAGCGAAGUUUCGCAGGAAGACACAGCGUCAGAGGCAGAGGUCAACACGGAGGAGCCACUGAAUGGAGAUGAGGGAGAAGAGGAGGGCCUUGCACGGGAUGAGUGUGAAGAUGAACUGGAGAACAGCCAUUACACAGAUGUGGAGGAUGCCAGACUACAGUAACCAGCCCUUUUAGAACAGCAGUGAGCGAUGGUGUGAGGAAAGCACGAGGCUAAACCCUGCCCUGGCACGUUGAGCAAGACAAGCUAAAUUGAAGUGCUGCUGUCAUCUCUACCUGGCAUUCAAAAGGAGAAACAUGGCCCAACAUCUUCCACCCAUCUGUAAAGCAAAGACAAAGAAAACUCAUCCCAGCAGAUCCCCACGACCCCGUGCAAUGGAUUCAGAGCUCUGCAGCGAGCACAGGCAGCAGCCAAACCCUGCGUGAUCCAUAAUCACCCCUGGCUGGGUAUGGACCCAGUGAGUCAGAGAUGAUACGGGGCGGUUGGCAGGAGAGGAAGGACAACUAAGCCCAUCUCAAUAAGGACUUUUUUUUUCCCAUGCUAGGUGAGAGUCAGAGCAUUUGGUAACUGGGGGAAAAGUACUGUCUCGGUUUGGACAAUUAGUGUUCUCGCAUUCAAGGUCACUUUGAGGAACAGGGUGCGGGGUGAGCUCUUCUGCCAGAGCGGUCACCUCCUGCUGUGGCUCUCAUCCCAUGCACUGCUGCAGGUAUGUGGCUGCUUCCAGGCAGACGAGCUGGUGGCUGUGCAUGUGCUGUGCUCUUUGCAGCUGCUUGAAGAGAGGAGAAGGUAAGGAGAUGCUGCCUGUAGGAAAUCAAGUGAUCCCAAGCAGGAGGAACAAGGCAUGCAUCGUCUUCAGUCGUACAGCAGAGAAGGGGUGCAAGCAUGCAUCAAGCAGGUGGAUGCAACCCUUCUGGAGCAGCAGCUCCCUGGAAGGGCUACGACCCAUCUCCAGCCAGAGCAGUCAGCCCCUAUCCUGCCCUGCUGCUCACAUCUGUUCCUCAGCCAGCUCCCCUGGGUCUCUGGGGCACCAGGACAGUGCUGUGCAGCCGCUGACCACCACAGUUGAGCUCCAUCAUCCGACAGCUCUGCAGUGCAGCUCCUGAGCGUGCUGAGGCCAAUUACAGUGACCCCAGCACAACGUGUGUGGGUAUGCAGGCAUCUCUUUCUCCUGCUUUUGACCCAUGCCACGUCCUGCAAGUAGGAGGCUGAAGCAGCCCUUUCUCACUGCAACACCCAAGAAGUCUCUCAGCCUUUCUCAUCUUGUUCCUUCCUCUUCCAUGUGCUUAUGCAGUUUUUCUGGGUUCAGAGGCAGAUGGGACUGAGACUCACGCAGCACUUUAUUCAUAUCAGUUGUGUCCUGCCCAUCUCCCCUCUGUUUCCCACUCCCCUUCCAAAACACACACACAAUCAGUGCUUUGAAUCCAGAAUGCUGUCCACACCUUCUCCUCAGUCCAAGAGCCCAUGUGCACCCCCUGGACUGCACAGGGUGCUCUGAAAGGGGACUCCUGCUUUCUGCUCCAGCGCUCAAAGCCAGACCUCUUCUACAGCAUCUCUCUCUGAAGGGUGGAGGGGAGAACAGGUCAUGGGGGCACCACUUCCCUGCCCAGAGGACCAUCCUGGAGCAAGCAUGGCUCUUGAAGCACAAUGUUUUAUUUGCAUUUCUUAGUUUUGAAUAAGUCAUGAGAGAAUUAAGGGAUCAUCGUGCUUUCCCCUACCUUUUUCUGGUUCCUGUACAAUUUAUCCAUUGUGUUGUACUGAGCCGUUGUAGAGCUGUUUUCUAGGCUUUGAGAGAUGAGCUGCGGUUUUUGCUAUGAACUGGCUGUGAUGCUGCUGUCUGGGAGAAAGGUGACCUUGUACAUAUGAUCCUGUAUAAUAAAAGAAAGAAAUCUAAAGAAAUCUAA